UGUGUGUCCCACAUGACCCUUAACAAUUUGCUAAAGGGUCAAAGCUUCAUUUUCAUACUGUUUUUUUUUUUAUGUGUUUCGCGGCUAUCUAACAAAGCAACCAGUGGACAGUCAGAUUUACAAAGUCACGUUUAAAGACUUGCUUGUAACGGAGGGAACGUUUUCUUCUAAGCGUGAGGAAAUUUUAGAAAAAGCUUGACUUCAGCUUAAUUGUUUUGGGAAAAUUUGGCGUCCUGGCUUCAAAAUUUGGCCCUCCUUUGCAACUCCACAAAGUGAAGGUUGAUAUGCCACAUCAGUGAUGGAGCCCAUGACGGUGACAACGUCAGUGGUUGAACCCGAUGAGUUUGACCGCAAUGCCCCACGGAUCUGUGGAGUGUGCGGGGACAAGGCCACCGGUUUCCACUUCAACGCCAUGACCUGUGAGGGCUGCAAGGGCUUCUUUAGACGCAGCAUGAAACGUAAAGCCACCUUCACCUGUCCAUUCAACGGGAGCUGCACAAUCACUAAAGACAACCGACGCCACUGCCAAGCCUGUCGUCUGAAACGCUGCAUCGACAUUGGCAUGAUGAAAGAAUUUAUACUGACAGAUGAAGAGGUCCAGAGGAAAAGGGAAAUGAUAAUGAAGAGGAAAGAAGAGGAGGCAGCCCGGGAGGCACAGAGGCCACGGCUGAAUGAGGAGCAGGCUCGGAUGAUCUCCAGCUUGGUGGAAGCUCACCACAAGACCUACGAUGCCUCCUAUACUGACUUUUCACGCUUCAGGCCUCCAGUGCGUGACGGCCCCGUAACACGCAGUGCCAGUAGAGCUGCUUCCCUUCACUCGCUGUCUGAUGCCUCCUCUGAUUCAUUCAAUCACUCACCUGAAUCGCUGGACACUAAGAUGAACUUCAGUAACCUGCUGAUGAUGUACCAGGAUGGAGCGAGUAGUCCCGACUCCUGCGAAGAGGACACGAAGCUCUCCAUGCUGCCCCACCUGGCUGACCUGGUGUCCUACAGCAUCCAGAAAGUCAUUGGAUUUGCCAAGAUGAUUCCAGGCUUCAGAGAGCUGACCGCUGAGGACCAGAUUGCUCUGUUAAAGUCGAGUGCCAUUGAGAUCAUCAUGCUGCGCUCAAACCAGUCGUUCAGCCUGGAGGACAUGUCCUGGAGCUGCGGGGGAGCAGACUUUAAAUACUGCGUCAACGAUGUUACUAAAGCUGGUCACACCCUUGAGCUGUUGGAGCCGCUGGUAAAGUUCCAAGUUGGUCUGAAGAAACUCAACCUGCACGAGGAGGAACACGUGCUGCUCAUGGCCAUCUGCCUGCUGUCUCCAGACCGCCCUGGUGUGCAAGACCAUGCUCGCAUAGAGCAGCUGCAGGACCGUCUGUCAGAGGCGUUACAGGCCUACAUCCGGGUCAACCACCCAGGCGGACGCCUCCUCUACGCCAAGAUGAUCCAGAAGCUGGCUGACCUGCGCAGUCUGAACGAGGAGCACUCCAAGCAGUACCGCUCGCUCUCGUUUCAGCCCGAGCACAGCAUGCAGCUCACCCCACUGGUGCUGGAGGUGUUCGGCAGUGAGGUGUCAUAGCUGAGGAAGAGGAGAAAGAAUCUUUUCUUAGACACAGACUCAUCAAAUACAGGAUAAUUAACAAACUCUGCUACCUUUUCCUCAACUAAACCGAAGGCUUCACAACACCCUGGACACUUGGGGAGAAGACGGAUGAUCACAUCUUCCCUCUAUCUUCACCUCUUUCAUCAUCUAUUGAUUCCUCGCUUUCCUGGAGGAGCGAAACCAAAUGUCGGCCAUAACUGGAUCUCCUGAUUCACAAAUAUAAAUCUGCUGCUGGAUCACCACAAUCUCUAACCUCUUUGCUUUUCCAAAUAUCCCAACUCACAUUUUCACCCUUUCCACAACUACAGAAUCCAAAUGUCUCUCCCUCUUAUCAUCAUAACUGUUCUUCAUGUUUAAAUGGCAAUGACAGAAAACCAUGCUCAGAUUUACAACUUUUACUCAUGCUGGGUUAUGUUAUAUAAAUAGCUCUGACCUUUUGUUGGUUUACAGAUUUUAAUAGCAAAAUCGUCCAAAUAUAUUCAACAUCAGCAACCAACCAUCGCAGGAAAUAGAAAUACUCUUUAUGAUGGGAGCCGUGCAUUCAUGUUAAUGGCUUCCCCUGUAGAAAACAUAUGAAGACAGAUAUUUUUACAAAAAUCUUGUAAUUUGGGAAUGAUGAGAAGAAAGGAGCACUUUGAAAACACAAGAGGAUGUUAGGUAGAUGGAUGGAAGGGGAUGCUACAUAUGUACAAUUAACAAAAGAAGAAUGUAUGUAUAAUUUUAAGUUGUAUAAGCUGUACGAGCUCAAACAUUUGGACAUGUCAAAUGCUUAGCUUGUACUGUAUAUAUAAAAAAAAAAUACUUCUGAGAGGGUUAAAUAAUAAUAAUAAUAAUAAUAAAUAGGAUGUUAAGGCCCCUCCUCAGAUAUGUGUGUAUAGGCCACCAUAUAAAAACCAUGUACACACAUGCACUGAGACGUGUUAUGAGGAGUCUCUUAUUUUUGCUACAUGUGUACAGUGUGCAGGAAUAUUGAUGGACCACAAGGGGGUGUGUACGCAGGCUCUGACUGAACAUAUUAUGCAGCAAAGCUUUGUUGUGCUCUCUGAUUUUUGGACCUGUGAAGUUUGUAGGCUGACAUACACAAAGAUAAUUUCCUGUUUUGUGGAUGGCUACUUUUUCAGAAAAAAAAAAUUCAAACAAAAUAUUGUUGUUGGGCUGAUGGGAUUGCUGCUAAGACAGAGCUUAGAUAGUUGGACAGAAACCAGCUGCCAGCUGUUGCCUCAGGGAAAGUUUGUCUGACAAUAUUGUGUUCUCUGGUUUUUAUGGUGUGUGUGUGUUUGGCGUAAGCUUACAAUCAGGAGAGGGAGAUUUCAAAGAGUUUUUGAAGCUCAAGGCAUCACUGUGAUUUCAAAUUAUACUGAAUAACAGCAAAAGGAAGCUAAGAGAAAAACAUUUCUGUAAGAAAAUACACAACAUUCUCUAUUUGUGAAACAAACAUCACUAAAUUAUUUCACAUGGUCAUAUAGUCUGUAAGAUAAUAUAAUUAAAACAUUUGAGCUCUUUAUUAAAUUAGUAGAAGCCUUAGAUUGAACGUUUUUAGGGGAACAUAAAUCUUCUAGAGGAGUGGUUCUCAAAAAUUUUUAUAACAGAUUAAAUAUUCCCUUUUCCAAUUACCAGCAUAGCUGGAGACAUUUUACAGUAGCGCAACAGGACUUUGAAAAUAAAAAAUAUGGAACAAAAAUCUUAUUUAGUGGCACUUCAUGGUUGGAUGAAGGAUGUAAUUAUUACAUUUUUCCUUAAAAGUUAACAUUUCCAGGUUUCAGAAUGUAAAAAUGAACACAAAGGUCUCCUAAAGUCAGAGUUUUAAAAGUACAAAAUGCAGAGAAAUACAUAAUUGGCUUAUAUUGCUAACAGUAAUUAGCUUGAUCACUGAGCAUACCAGUUAGCAAAUCCCACUGGUUUUUGAACUUGGAACUGGAACACAGUAAACCCCUUACAGCGUGAAAUUUAAAGUUAAAGACUGUGUUUUUUGCUUUCAAACUGAUUAUAAAUUAGAGAUUUAUUUGCAUUUGUAGGUACGCAAAUCUGCUAAAUUAAGGCAACAUUUGGGUCCGACCACUAAAUGGUGGCAAAGUGCUGGGUGGUAUGUGUUACAUAUGCAUAAACAGGCAUUAGUCCUAUGUGUGUGUAUGUAUAUAUAUAUAUAUUGUUUUUUUUUUUUUUGGCUUCACAUUUUAUUUAUUUUCUUUUUUUGGAUUUACCUUGCCAAUAAAUUAUACAAAAAAUUGUUAGGUCCAAUAAAGCUAGCCCAGGUGCCACCACCAGUACUUGUAGGGCAGUUUGAGAACCAUGGCUCUAGGGGGGGGAGCAGUGUUUAAUUGUAAAGGGCAUAGACACGGCGCAUGAGAAUGACUUUUACACUGACAAGAAAGCUAUCUUUUGUCAUCACCUUUAUGUCAUUUCAAUACCAGCUGCAUAAGCAAGCUUUUUAACACUACAUAUCUAUUGUUUCUGUUGAAAUGGCAAGCUCACACCUCAUGCAGGCCUGGAUCACCCCCUUGUGGAGAAGCUUUGUAAAUACCACUUUCUUAGUCUGUACAUAGAAGCUGAUGUAGGUAAAUUACUAAGAGAACUAAGUUGUUGAUGGGAAGAUGCUUUGGAGAUGCUAGGCUAUAUGCAAGAGAAACUCUUACAGUGUAUUCAACUUGAGUGGACAGAGAUGCUCAAUAUGACCGACUCAAUGAGUUGUUUAUGUUGCCGGAAUCUUUUUUUUGUUUUUGACGUAUGGAGGGUUAGGAUCAGCAUCCAUCAAACACUAAUUUGGAGCACAUUUUACAGAUGGACACUGAUAUAAUCCCUUUAGAAAGGGAUGGAAAUGACAAUAUGAUAUCUCAAUUUUAAAUUCAUUGAACAUUCCCAGAAUCGUAUAAUCAUCCAGAACUCACCCUAACAACUCAUUAAGUUGUCAUUAUUAAGCGUCUUUCUGUCCAUUCCUGGAUUCUGGAUGUACGUCUUUCCUCUCUCUCUCUUUUUCAACCAAUAGGCUUUUGAUGAUAUAUACAUAAUAUUUUCUUUUUGGUAAAUAUCCGAUUUCUUCUGUCUGUCGUGAUUGUUGAUUUUUAACAUGUGUCAGGGGUUUGCUGUCUUGCUCGGGAGCAUUGCUAAAUGAUGCUCAGAUGAGCAGAGUGGACCUAUGGAGCCCUUUCCAAGUGUUUGUCGAAAGGUUUUAAAACCCCCAGCUAUGUCAGCGAGGGAUCGCAAAGACACUUGCCCCGGAGCUCGAUGGGGAGAGCUAAAUCAUUUCAUCUGUAGAACUGCAGUCCACGUAUGCAUCAUCUUUUUUUCAGGAGCUAAUUUCAAAAACUGCCAAGUGAUCAUUAAUAACACUGCCUCAACUGGUUGGAUACAGGAUGUAUCUAACUGCAAAUCUUUGCAGCAGCAGCUAUGGUGUGCCUCUUUAUUCAUCAACCAGCCAUGUAACCACCUCUUCUUCUUCAACAGCCAGUUGCAACAACUCUUCUCUGCAUAGCUUUAAGUUAGCAGCCAGCCAAGCUCUGCUCUGGAAAUCUGUGACACACCAAGACCUGAUCGGAGUCUGAUAUUUGAAGGCGCACAGUCAGGUUGGACCUCCACAAUACUGUGUAGAAUUUGUACAAAGACCGUAGGAUAGCGAGUAUUUUUAAACCGAGAAUCACCACAUGUAGACGUAGUGACUCGCUGUACAGGCAGAGUGCGCAGAGACUGACUGACCGACCGAGACGUCGCCUCUAAAAUCCAAAGUGGGACAUUAUCUUUCUUUGUACUCUGUGUCUCACUUUGCAGCUCUCAAGGUUCUGAUUUUUAACAAAUCAUGGUUUGUUUCAUAAUGAUAGUCGUGUAAAGACGUUUUACGUUCAGCAUCUACAUCACUUAAAGGAAUGCAGGUCAGGGUGACGGGGGGAGAGUCUGCAGGGGGUUUUAGGGGUUCAAUAUGUGACACAUUAGUUAUUUACCUCUGGGAAAUCUUUCUUUGUAUCUGGGUCAAAUUUAGAUAUCUACUACACCUCUAAGACGUAGCUUUUCUUCUUAGGUUUUUCUCAUUGUUAAGCAACUUUAAAGUUCAUUUGUAGGUCUGAUUUAUGAGUGCCCCAAAAUCUUUGAAGUCUCUCCCUUCUUUACCCAUCGUCACCUCAAACCAGGUCCGCAGCUCCACCUCAGUAGCCUUAUUUACAAAGACCUCACUAAGCUGGAAACAUUUAACAGAUACCUCAGUAAUUUACAGUGUAGACUUUUCACAAUAGCCUUUAAAGCGAACCAGACAUAUACUUCUACCACACACACACACACACACACACUCAUCACAUCACAACUCUCUUCUCAGAAACUUUCAGUGUUUUUAACCUCAAGUCAGCUUCAAACUUUUAACCAGCUCUUGUAUAAUGAGGGAAGUCCGGUAGAAUUCUGUUUGCUAGUCAGUAUCCAAGUGGAUCCCAAUGUUUCUAUAAGUUAACCGUCUCUCUGCUUGACUCACUCAUCUCUGCCUUGUUCCGGAUUCUUUUCUCCUCUUAAUUGUUUGUUUCUGUUGGUGUUCUGCUGACCUCGGCACCGCGUUUAACCAAAAAUACUACCUCUCCUGUCUGCACAUAUAAAUAUAUAUAUUUUUUGGGUUGCAGCAUGAUUGUGUAAUGUAAAACAUAUUUUUUUAUUUUAACAAUAAUCUAGAAGUUUUUAUGUGUGUAUUUGUACAGUAGAGUCGGGGGGGUUUUUAAAUGCUGGACAAUUUUAUUUUUUUUUUUUGUACAUCAGAUCUCUAGGAAGCCUACAAAUCUUAAAAUCCGCAGUGUGGAACUUUAGCUCCCCCUACUGGCUGGUAGAAUAAUUUCAGAUAAAUAGACGUGUACAGGAACAAAAAUAUGCUUGGUUUCACUGUUGCUCACUUUUUUCCCUGGGCCGUAACAAACUUUCAUAACAUAACUAACUGCUUUUAUCUACUUUUUUCUGACGCUCUGAUGAACCUAUUAUUUCAUAUUGGUGUAAAUAUGACUCUCAGAGAUAUAUUUAUUCUGCAUCUAAAAGUUCCUACAUUUGCAAGGCAUCAAAGCAAGUGUUACAUUGUUCUAUAAGAAGUCUUGGACAGUAAACAUAGUAUCUAGUUGUUUUAUUGUUUGCAUGAUAAAACAUCUUACAGAGCAGUGACGUAAAGGUUCCACAUUGUCAGGUCCUUUAAUUAAAAGCAUGCUCAUCAGUCCCACACGUCGACUUCAUCAGUCCCACACGCCAAAAUCGACUUUUUCACUGAAGUGUAGAAAUGCAUGUUAAUAUCCUUGCAUGCUAACUAAGGCUUCAUUCAUAUAGCAAUCCAUAGUGCAAAUAAUUUUUAGCUUCCUCAUCUGUGUGAGUUUGAAAAGUAAAAUGCUUUUUUUUUUUAAAUCUUGAUUAAUUGGACCUAUAGCACAGAACCAGCCUCUAUCUCGCUGUACCUGCUUUAUACAGCCGUUGGUCGCCACAGUAGCUUCAGUGGCUCGGCAUGACAACCGAACUCUUCAGCGUUCUCUCACAGAACUGGGUUAGAAAUGCCUGAGAAACAGAUCUGCGCCAUGUGUAAAAUGCUUUAAUUUCUAAUAAUUUGGUUCCUAUAAACUUUUAUUAAAAAAAAAAAAAAAAAAGCACAGCCACACUUAUUGGCACCCUGGUAAACAUGACUUAAAAUACGUUUGUAUCUUAAUGUAUUAAUGUAAUAUACCUCUUAAGCCCCAACCCCCAGUACUGAGGAAAGACUUUAACUCUUGCUUUCUUCUGGUUUCUUUACUACAAGUUCCAUUAGUUAAACAUAAACAUAUGUUGUAUCCACAGUAAUCUUAGAAUCUUUGCUAAAAGCAGAUAUAAACAAUUUCUACAAACACCAAAAACACUUCAAACUAAAGGCAGUUGAAUCAGAAAAUAAACUCCACAAAAUGACGUAACCACAAAAUUUGGUCUCAGCUGUUCAUCACACGGCUUCUACACACACAACCAGCAUGUCUGCUGUAAGCAGAGAGCUCACAGAUUCCAAAACAUACAUUUUGUUGCAAUCCACCCAGGUUUUACUCAACCAGCAGCAAAGGAAGACCAGAAUUAUCACUCCGAUUUGAAAAACAUAACAUAAUAAUUGUUUAGAUAAAGGAUAUCUAUUCUCUGAACAAUACAGUUAGAUUUGCACAUGUUGUUUUGAGCUCAAACUUCACAAAAACCCCUCUGGGCUUAAGAGGUUAAUACCCUGGGGAAACAGAAAGACAUGGACUACUAAGCAGAAGUUCCUUGAAACUCAAAUCAACUCAACAAAGUAAAAGCAUGAAGUAUGGGUAAAAGUACCAACAAUUGUGCCACCAGUGAUUUUGUUUAAUACAUUUAUUUCUAAAUAUGGGAGUUUAUGUCCUAAUUUAAUAAGUAUAAUCCGCUUAAACGUUUGAUUUUAAAAAUGUUCUGUGUGAUUAUAAGACUAAAGAAUAGAUGAUUUUCUUGAAAGAAAAAAAAACUUCAGAGCUACUAAACUAACAGCUGAAUUGGUGCAGUACAAAAAAUACAUCCAAUUGCAACUUGUGCCAAAACGUUUGCCUUAAAAAAACGCUCAGAUCAGAAUAAAAUUUGACCUUUGAGUACCGUCAGAUCAGGAGAGCUGUAGUCAGACUUUAAAGUGUUGUGCUCUAAUAUCAGCAACAUGACAAGCCUGGAGAACCCAGCGACCCUCAGUGAACUUGUGUGCCACCUGGUUUCCUGUGUACCUUCUCUCGCUGCUCAGCCGUCUGAUAGCUGUUUGCAACAUUGGGAUCCCGAUUUAGUUGAGCCAAAGUAGUGUUUUGUUUUCUUUGCAGCCAGACACACACUCACUCACUUUCACAUUUAUACUGCAGCCUAUCACACUAAGCACUCUGCCUUCUUUCACUCACCCCCUAGGUGACUCUGAAUGGUUUUUCUUUUUUGGUGCUUUGAGUCCGUUUUCAGGCGACCGAGCCUGGGAACGUGUAUGCUGUGAAUCAAAAACAUAGCAGAUCUGAUAUUUAUUCAGGCCGUUUUGAUGCUUGAGGAGUUCAUUGUUUUUUGGCUUUUGUGAAUAAGAAAUGUUGUAAGUUUCACUUCAGUCAAAGGGAAUAAAAUAUAAAAAUCUUUAAAUUUAGUUUUAAUCUGAAAAACAACAGGAUACACAAACAGUGUGUUUCACCACAAACCAUUCUGUCAAAUAGUGUUUAUCUCUUGCAGAAUUGUUCUGCUUUUUCUUGUCAUACUUUCAGGUCAUCAAACUAAUUUUAAUAUCAGACAAAGAUAACCUCACCACACACAUAAAUCUAUCCAAAAAAACCCAGCCCUAUGUGAUUAAACAUGUGCUUAAACUUAAGGUCUCAAACCAACGGCUCGACAAUCUCUUCUAGCGUUUCCCUCUAGAAUCAUCUGCUUAUGGUUCAGAGCAGAUGAUUCCAUCAGUGGCAAGUCAUCUAGGUACUGAAAAAGCAAUAUCAGAUGAGCCUUUAUGCUCUCUUUGGUCAGUGGUGGUUUGGCUUUGAAACUCUCCAAUGGAGGCCAUUCAUGUCAGGUCUCUUAUAGUUUCAUCAUGAACACUCCCCCUAACUGAGGCAAGUGAAGCCUGGAGUGCCCUGGAUGUUAUUUUAUGACCACCUUAAUGUUGUUGAUGCAGUCUUAGAGUAAUAUAGUGUGCCGCUAUUUGUGCAUAAUGUCUUUCACUGUGGUCCCUGAAACCCCGAAGCCUUACAAAUGGCUUUGUAACCAUUCCUAAAAUGACAGAUGUCAGUGACUUUAUCAGUUAUUGGAUUUCUAUAGAUUGGGACCCGGUUUGUUGCUUUUUGAGUUACUUCUUCACACAGUUGGUUAGUUGUUUUGAUAGGUGUUUACCCUUGAGAAGUAAAAUUAUAAUUUGAAUACCACAUUUUGCAUAUCCUCAGGUUAUUUUUGUCUGAUAUAAAAAUUAGUUUGAUCUAAAACAUUUAAGUGUGCCAAAAAAGCAAUGAAAUAAGGGAUCAAAUACUUUUUCACUGCAUUGUUUUUUCGAGUUGGUCUACCUUGUGAAGAGCAGCUUCAUACAGUCACUUUUUUUACUCCAGUUACCUGAUGGACAGUUGUUUUUCAAGACUGAUUGUCAUCUGCUGCUCUGACUGUGUUUCUAGGCUACCUCUUUAAAUACGUGCUUGCUUGCUCUCACACAUACUCACGCACACACAGGAGCUGCAGUGGAACUCCUUGUUGAUAACCCACACACUCACUUAGACAAACACACACGUGUGCACUUCUCGUUCCCUCACCAGCAGUUUUUUGCCAAUGAUGCACUUGUGUUUUUGUCUCUUUAAUGUUCUGCGAAACGUAUGAAGUCUGAAAAUGAUUACUCAUCUUAUGUACCUCUUCUUGCUUUCUUUUGUUUUUUUGUAGCAAAUCUCAAAAGUAUCUAAGACGUUUGGACAGGUGAUUUAAAGAAAAUUGUAAAUCAUGUAUAUUUAAAAAAAAAAAAAAAAUCUUGUCCUUUUCAAAGGAAAAACAUGAUUGCACAUUGUGCUCUUCUCAGUUUUACCUUGGUGUGCCUAAAACCCACAGCCUUAUUUUGGGGUUAUAUCAGGGGUUUUCAACUAGAAUACAAGGCCUUCUGUAUCGUCUUUGUCUCUCUCCUCAUAUCCACACAUUUGUUAAUUAGAUCAGUUAUUGUAACAAGCCAGAAGUAGCUCUUUUGUAGAUGCAUGCCCCGCAGAGGGAUGUGCUCAGUCACGGUUUAUGUUGGCUGGGAUUCCCCUUUUAUUUAUUCCCCCUUCUGAGAAAACGUCCGAAUAUGUGUCAGAUAACCGAAAGGAAAAUAAAAUUUGUUGUUCUGAUGUAGCAAAACAUAAUAAAAUUCAGAGUUUUAUGUAAUUUGACUUAAUUUAAGCUUGUUUGUAUGAAUGUCCUAUAAACAGACCUAUUCUAAUAAUUGUGUGAGAAGCAGAUGUUUAAGUCAGUUUAUUUAAUGGAGAGUUCCAAGAUAAGCAUCUUUAUCCGCCAGUCUUGCACACCACCAUGCAGUAAAACCACCAGCCCGUAGUGCUUCUAGCUGAAAUCAGAACCCACUGCUGCCACAGCAUUGCUGUUGAUGACCUCAUCGAUAGCCUUAUAGAAAAGAAAUAGUGUUUCACAUAAAGUACCUUAAACAAUGUCUCUAUUUUUGCUCAAAUCACCACCUGUUUAUAUAUAUUUUUUGUUUUAUUUAUUUUGGUGUUGCUCCUUUUGCUCCUUUCAUUUAUAAGCGGAUUCUUUUGAUUACCAUUACUGUAAGUAGUAAGCGAUUAAUAAUGUUUUUCUUUUUUUCUGGGAAUCACAAAUAAAACAGCUGUACAUAACGAUGCUAAA